CCGGUGUGUUCAAGAUGAGUAAGGUGUCCUCUAUGUUCCGCACACAACCGCGGUACAUUCAUAGAAUGUUCGUCUCCGUCUUGAUGUGACGGCCGAUGCCGUGUCAUCGGCCCGCGGCCGAUAACGGGGCCAAUGAAACGGCUCCGGACGGGGCAUCAAGACGGAAAUGAACACGCACACAGAAGUUGGACUGUAUGAGGCAAGACACACUCUCUUAUACACACAAAUCCAUCCAGAGCCACUCGUCCAACGCGCCUGUCCGCCACUAUCUACAUACUCGUCGGUGGCUAUCUCUUGACCCUCUUGGCGGCAGGCUCCUCUCCCUGUCCACCGCCCUCCCCUGCAGCAGCCCCAUGAACAACAUUGCCGCCACCACCACCACUGCCAGUGGCACCACCAGUGUCAGAACGCCUCAUCCUCUCAGGCAGCUCGGGCACUACAGGCGUCUCCACACCUGUUUUCUGCUGCAGCUGCUGCAGAUAGCCCAGGAGGAAUGCCGGCCACUUCUCUUCCUCGUAGACCAAUGGGUGCCUGCAAAGGACAGCACAUGACUGUAAAAAUGGACGCUCGCCGCGGUGUGGCGCUCACUUGUCGUAGAUGUCACUCGACGAUGCUCCAAAGGGACGGGAGGGGAUGCUCAAUGGCCUGGACCACACGGACGGCAGGAGCCAUCUGACACGCUUUGUUGUUGGUCAGUUUGUGUCCUCACUCACACUGGGAAGGCGGUGAGCACUUUCCGGAAGGUCAGCUGCGCCUCGUAUACGGCAUCCGUCUUGGUGUGCUCAAACUGACACAUCAACACACACACGCACACACGCACACACAACAUUGGCACCUCCUUUGUGUCGUAGGUCAAGGGCUCCGUCAUGUGUCACUCACCAGCAGCAGCGGUGCUGCAGGAGAUCCGAACCUAGUGCCCUUGACGCCUUGGAAGUAGACGGUGCCAACGAUGACCCGAAUGCCCUCCCAGUAAGGCCCCUCAGGCAUCUCCAGCCGCUCACCAGACACGACAGUGCUCGGCCUGAGCAGACACACAGACAACACAGGACACAUACGCUAGUUCGCCCUCCCCUCAUUUGUGUCUGUCCUUCUGUUUGCCGACUUCUCCUCAAAUAUGCCGAGUGCCUCCAGCAAUGAAGGCAGCCUCAGGUCGCCACCAAACAGCUGCCAUGGGCCGCUCGACGCAUCAUCGUCACGAGAGAUGGAGGUGAAGGGGUCGGCGGCCAGGCCCCACGGAUCACCGGCAACCUCGGCCCUGAUUCUCCUGCGCUUGAGCGUCCUCGGGGUCAGAUCACCAGCCUGCAUUCAGGACAAGAGAGCGGUGGUGCUAUAGUGGGAGGCUGACCGUCCUCGUGUACCUUCUUGGUGUUUGACAGAAUGUAGGCCCGCCCCGGGCAGUCUGACAGCUCCAUCGUGUAGAACUCCCGCCCCGCACCGCCGGCGUCUGCCGUGACAGCAGCUCUGUUGAAGAAGUGGCGGAACGAAGCCGACCAGCUGCCGCUGCUCACUGCACCAUAGCCCUGCAGUAGCAACACAGAUGCGGACGGUGCCUGAGAUCUCAAGUGUGUCUGCCUUUUUGACAAGUGUGUCUGUCUGACCAUGAGUGCCUUCUUGACUGCCUCGGCCGUCUCCGAUGGCUGCAGAGGGGGCUGCCCUGGUGUGCGGAUGAAGUCAACAGACCUGACACAUACAUGGGACAACAACAACAGCGGUGUCAAGUGAAAUGCAUCCCGGAGCCCUGCAUCUCGACCUACCACUUGACGACCAUUUGGCUCAGCGCAUCCACAGAUCUUCGGGGGAAAGGGAGAGGUCAAGCAACUUCCU